AAUUAAAACAAAUAUUUAGCCAUAGAUUUGAUCGACAAUUAUAUGUCAAUACAAAUGAGACAAUGAAUGAUAACAAGAAGAAAGCCAUAAAUGGACUCAUUAUUGGCCACAAGAAUAUCGAUGACUUCGUGGAGAAGUGUCAGAUCGAUGGCAAACUAUGGCACAGAUGUCUGUGGAUGGGAUGUGAUUAUACCACCAAUAGAUCGGAUUCAAUUCAAAGACAUUUAAGGAAACACACGGGUGUCCGUCCCUACCGGUGCUCAUUCGAGGGCUGCACUUAUGCCACCAUUCAGUCUUCGGCUCUUAAGAUACACAUCAGAAGACACACGGGAGAGAAGCCCUAUAAGUGUCCGUUCAGUGGAUGCGGCAAAAGGUUCACUGUUUUGGGGACUCUUCUGAUCCACGAGAGGACCCAUACGGGCGUCAAACCAUUCAAAUGCCAAGAAUGCAGUUAUGCGUCCAUCGAGAGGAGCAAACUGUCCACUCAUAUGAAGAAAAACCACGGAUUCACUCGAGUCGAUGACAAUCAGAUGACUAUUGAGAAUAUAUGCGUCAAAUCGUCUCAAUUAGUUCCCAUCAAUCUAUUCAACGCUUUCUCAAACACUCCUUCCGAAGACAUUCAGGUGGACGUGGAUGUGGAAGGGGUGCCCGAAAUGAGUCCAUCAUUUGAUGUCAUGAAUGAGACGAUUGAUGUGAACAGCUGUGACAACAGCAUUAAGAAUGUCUCACAAUAUGUGGAUAAACGCGAAAUUGACGGCAAAAUUGUCUAUUACUGUACAUACAGUCAGGACUGCAAAUAUGAUUCACUUCGAUCUGAUUGUAUUGUGAGGCAUAUGAGAUCUCAUACGGGAGAUAAGCCCUAUAAAUGUCAGUUCGAGGGCUGUGGGUAUAAAACUGUGCAAAGGUCUGCCCUAAACGAGCACCGGAUGUGGCACACGGGACAGAGGUUUAAAUGUGACUACUGUUCCUAUAAGAGUAUUAAGCGAACUAAGCUUCAGCUCCAUAUCCGUAAGAAUCACUUGACUUCGAGUUGCGUUAACAUUGACACCAAAGGAUUGGGCAAAGAUUUGGGACAAUUGAUUGCUAAGAAGCACUUGAAUUGGUUUGAGUGUAAGUUUCCUAAAUGUAAAUACGGAACCAUUAGAUCAGAUGCCAUCGUCAGACAUAUGAGGACUCAUACGGGAGAGAAGCCGUAUAAGUGUUCGUUUGAAAAUUGCGAUUAUAAGACCAUUCAGAGCUCAUCCCUCAAAAAGCAUGAGUCCAGACAUACCUGUCUGGCUUCCAACCCAUAG